AUGCGGAGGUGGUUGUGUUGCACCUGUCAAGUAGAGGAGUCCUACCAGCCCCAUGAAAAUGAGCACUUGAAGAGCCCAACCAGUCAUGCUGAUGGAAAUCAAAGAGGCUCUAAAGCUUCAGCUCCAAUGAAGCAUGAGGUUCAGAAGGCAGUACCUCCUAUUGAGGUGCCUGCUCUAUCUAUAGAGGAACUGAAAGAGAAAACUGACAAUUUUGGGUCGAAGGCAUUAAUUGGUGAAGGAUCUUAUGGAAGAGUGUACUUUGCGCAACUGAACAAUGGAAAUGAGGUGGCUGUCAAGAAGCUUGAUGUGUCAUCUGAGCCUGAUUCCAGUGUGGAGUUUUUGACCCAGGUAUCCAUGGUAUCAACACUGAAGCAUGAAAAUCUUGUUGAAUUGCUUGGUUACUGUGUAGAUGGCGAUCUACGUGUGUUGGCUUAUGAAUUUGCAACCAUGGGAUCUCUCCAUGACAUUUUGCAUGGCAGGAAAGGAGUGCAAGGGGCACAGCCUGGGCCUGUACUUGACUGGAUGCAACGGGUAAGAAUUGCGGUUGAUGCUGCCAGGGGAUUGGAAUAUUUGCAUGAGAAGGUCCUGCCUUCAAUAAUCCACAGAGAUAUCAGAUCCAGCAAUGUACUAGUUUUUGAAGACUACAAAGCCAAGAUUGCGGAUUUCAACCUUUCAAAUCAGGCUCCUGACAUGGCUGCCCGUCUUCAUUCUACCCGAGUUCUGGGAACCUUUGGUUAUCAUGCUCCAGAAUAUGCUAUGACAGGUCAGCUGACACAGAAGAGUGAUAGUCUCGUUACAUGGGCCACGCCAAGGCUGAGUGAGGACAAAGUGAAGCAAUGUGUUGAUCCGAAACUAAAGGGAGAGUAUCCUUCAAAAGGAGUUGCCAAGCUGGCGGCUGUUGCAGCAUUGUGCGUGCAGUAUGAAGCCGAGUUCCGGCCGAAUAUGAGCAUUGUUGUCAAGGCUUUGCAGCCUCUCUUGAAGUCAACUGUCCCUCCUCCUGAGAUUUGA